AAGCCACUUGACUGGAAGACUAUCGACCUCAAGAAGAUGCGGGUGAAGGAGCUGAAAAAUAUCCUCAGCGAAUGGGGAGAGGCUUGCAAGGGCUGCACCGAAAAAUCAGAGUUUGUCAAGAAGAUCGAGGAGCUCAAGCCAAAAUACGUCAGAGAAGAGUUGUAA